GUUUCGUUUCCGUGUGACCUAUUUAGCUUCUGCUAUUAGCAUCAGUUAAUAAUCUUUAUGUCCGACAAUGGAAAUGGCCAUUCUUAAUUUAGCAAUUCGCAUGUUUUGGAUGGCAAGCGUCUGAUUUUUCACCCAAGAAACGACACAAACCAAGAAAGUGUUGCUAUCUUAAAGCGUAGCGAAAUAGACUAGCUGUUGUUAGCCACUCUGAUUUAGCUAGGCAGACUGCGAUUAAAAUGAGUUGUCAAACGUUAGCUGCGUUGUAGAUUCAGCUCUGUGGUUUGGGCUGUUCAUACUAGCAGGCUAGCUGAUUACCGAUUGGUGGCUGAUUAGCGUUCACACAUUUAGCUAUCUUGGCUUAGCUGGGUUCACUCCUAAAGCUCCCUUGGAUGUUCACUGUGUCAGGAAGUGACUCCUCAGCCCCAUGUCUGCUGAGGCUUCAGUUGGCAGUGAUGCUGCUGACUCUGCCCAGCCUGCCGUUUCCCAGCCUGCCUUCCACAGCACAGAUGAGCUCAGAAAUCGGGGUCUGCUGGGGAGCAAGUAUGUCAAAUUAAAUGUGGGCGGCUCACUGCAUUAUACAACCAUCCAGACUUUAAGCAAGGAAGACAGUCUCUUGCGGAGCAUAUGCAACGGAGGGACAGAGGUCACUAUAGACUCAGAAGGUUGGGUAGUUUUAGAUAGGUGCGGCCGACAUUUUGGACUUGUUUUGAACUUCCUGCGAGAUGGCUCAGUUCCACUUCCAGAGGACCACAGAGAACUGGAUGAGGUUUUGAAGGAGGCACAGUACUAUCGGGUCCAGGGACUCGUCCAGCACUGCCUCAGUGCCAUGCAGAAACAAAAGGAUGUCUUUGAAAGUGUGUGUCGCAUCCCCAUGAUCACCUCAGCCAAAGAAGAACAGAGGAUGAUUGCUACUUGUAGAAAGCCGGUAGUAAAAUUGCAGAACAACAGAGGAAACAACAAAUACUCUUACACCAGCAACUCUGACGAUAACCUGCUGAAGAACAUUGAACUGUUUGACAAACUUGUGCUACGAUUUAAUGGCCGCGUCCUGUUUGUAAAAGAUGUGCUUGGGGAUGAGAUCUGCUGUUGGUCUUUCUAUGGUGAAGGCCGCAAGAUUGCUGAAGUAUGCUGCACUUCCAUCGUCUAUGCCACAGAGAAGAAGCAGACCAAAGUUGAGUUUCCUGAGGCUCGAAUCUUUGAAGAAACCCUCAAUAUCCUCAUUUAUGAAAAUGGCAGAGGAUCUGGUCCAGGAGGCUUACACCUUUUAGAUUCAAGAGGCUCAGGGUCAUCGCUGGGAGCUGGCCAGUCGGAGGAAGAGGGUGCCGUGGGAGGCGACCGGCGGGUACGACGGAUCCACGUAAGGAGGCACAUAAUGCAUGAUGAAAGAGGGCACGGCCAGCAAACUGUGUAUAAGGACUAAUAAUGUGAAACGUAAAACAUGGGAGAGUGACUUAAUGUAUGUGUAUUUUCUGUUGGAUGCUAGCAGAAUGAAAGACACGUCCUUGAUCAUAGCAAUAGCUUAAUAGUUAUGAGUUAGUUAUAUGUCACUGCAGAAAUGUAGGGGUUGAUGACUGAUUUGUAACUGAAGUCUGGAGAAGAAAAUGCUUCUGUUUACAAGAAAACUAAUUGUGUACAUUAUUUAGAUAGGAAAUGUGUAAAAUUACCUGGGACAUGAAACUGGCAUAAAUAUUACUUUGCAAGUGUCAAGGAACCUCCUGCAAGAUACAGAAUGGGCCUCAAAGCCCAACUCCCAUCCUAUAGGUGGAUUUUAUUCAUAGAGCAGACAGCCCACUUUUAAAGUGGGUGUUAAGGAUAUGCACUGGCAUCCUCCUCUGUGUUUGGCUUGUGGGAAACACUGUGUCACUCUGGUAAUUCAGGUUGUGAAACAUCUGUUGCCUUUUCAUAAGUUGGGCUGAUUUAUGCUGCAUGACAGUGUGAACAGGGGGUGGUCAAGAUUAUCUUAGACAUGUUAACACUGGAAUAAAACUGAGUAGCCAUUUCUAGUGAGGUUGUCUAAGAAAGAUUGUUGAGCAGCUUCGUUUUCUUUAUUUAAAUUAUUACUGCUGUUGCUUCGAGAUGGUUUUUUUUUUAUUAAUUAAUUUAUGAACCUAAUUUAUUGUUUGGUAUUUAACGUAUUGCACGCAAUCUUUGUGUUAGUUAGUGCUCAAGUGAGUUUAAAUUUUUUGGAAUGAUAUGAUGCACUCAAUAGCACAAGUCAGAUUUUUAAUUUCCUCCAGUAAAUGACCCAAUAGUGAACUUACAUUUCAGUUUAAUGUUUCAAGAGGAACCGUGACCAUUUCUUUCUUAUUACAUUGUAUUCUGAGCCAUGAUCUUUCACUUUCGCUUUAUGUCUUAUACCAAACCACUGAAAUUUGUAAUUGGCCAUAUGGUGAUGAUAAAGGCAAUUUAUACUGAGUUGUAUUUUUAUUUCCCUCAGGGAGAGAAUACUGAUUUUCUUUCUAAUAUUCACCAGUGUCUUGUGUAAAUCUAAUCACUUUGAAUACUGGAAAAAAAAAAAAAAAACAUUGAAUGAGAGCAAUAUGCAUCUCAGACCCUUUAUAAAAUCACCUUGGAAUACCUUAAAAUAUGCACUAAUGUAACUUCCGUCCAGUAGUGGUCAUGGGAUGGCAAUGUUGUGAAUAAAUUACUUAUG